AUGAAUAUAUGGCGGCUUGAUAUUGGACUCUUUAAUUUCCGGUUCCCAAUUUGUUUGGCUCAUAAAUUGCUCCGCCACUUUCUUGUCGUGAUCGCCAAGAGGACGAACCCAAGAGAAUCAAUCACAGACGAUCCCUUUAAAUUCCUCCCCAAAUUUCUCCUUGCCUCGAGUGUUUUUAUUGAUUGCCACAAGUCAUCGCAUUUCUCCGCGUAUUGCCGGCGACGACGUGCUCCUCGCGUUUCAGGCAAGAGAAUGGGGAAGAAAAGGAAUCAAGGGAAUCGUGGGGCUGCUGUAUCAUCAUCCGAGUUGAACGACGAUCGGACGGUGUUGCUGUCGCCAAAGGGGGAAGGGAACGGAAAAAGAUUGUGGAAGAAGGUGAAGUACCAGCUGGUGGAGUACAACUCGUUGCCUGGGUAUUUGAAGGAUAACGAGUACAUUCUUGCUCACUAUAGGUCUGAGUGGCCUUUGAAGCAGAUCUUGCUUAGCGUUUUCACCAUUCACAACGAGACGCUCAAUGUUUGGACGCAUUUGAUUGGGUUCUUUCUUUUCCUCUCUUUAACCAUUUACACCGCCAUGAAAGUUCCGAAUGUCGUGGACCUUCCUAGACUUCAAAAUUUCCCUAACGUUCUUAGAAAAGCUGAUUUUCAGAAGUUGCACACAGAUCUUGUUACAUGCCUCCCAUCCUUGCCUCACAUGCCCGAUAUGCAUAAGCUACGAGAGGAAUUAAGGACUUCAUUCCAUUCAGUGGAAUUGCUGCCAUCCUUGUCUAGUUGGCACAUUAAGCAACUCUUGUCAAAUUGUUUGCCAGAAAGUCUUUUCCACAGCAACCACACUGAUCCUUGUGUUCUGCGUAGCAUGAAGGAGGACAUGGCGAACAUAAUUGCACCUCUGCUGAUGAGGCCAAUCACGCGGUGGCCUUUCUUCUCUUUUCUCGGUGGGGCCAUGUUCUGCCUGCUGGCGAGCAGCACGUGCCACCUUCUCUCGUGCCACUCGGAACGCCUAUCCUACAUCAUGCUGAGGCUCGACUAUGCAGGCAUAGCUGCCCUCAUCUCCACCUCCUUCUACCCGCCCGUCUACUACUCAUUCAUGUGCUACCCCUUCUUCUGCAACCUCUACCUGGGCUUCAUCACCCUCCUAGGGAUCGGGACCAUCCUUGCAUCUCUCCUCCCGGUUUUUCAGAGCCCGGAGUACCGGAACUUCCGGGCCGGGCUUUUCUUCAGUAUGGGGGUCUCAGGGGCUCUUCCCAUCUUGCACAAGCUCGUGCUGUUCUGGAACCAGCCAGAGGCUCUCCACACAACUGGGUAUGAGGUGCUAAUGGGGGUUUUGUAUGGAGUUGGGGCACUGGUUUACGCCAUGAGGGUUCCUGAGAAGUGGAUGCCCGGGAAGUUUGAUAUUGCGGGGCAUAGCCAUCAGCUGUUUCAUGUGCUGGUGGUGGCAGGGGCUUACACGCAUUACCGUGCCGGGCUGGUUUAUCUGAGGUGGAGGGAUCUGCAGGGCUGCUGA